AUGGGUCUCGUCGACGCGGACAGUAUCCGGCUAUUCGCCAUCUGGACGCCUGCCGCAUGUGUAACCUACUUCAUCCUCCUGGCCAUCUACCGGCUCACCCUGCAUCCACUCGCAAAAUACCCCGGCCCAAUCCUAUGGCGCAUCUCCCCUAUCCCCAGUGUAAUCUCCCUCCUCCGCGGCCGCAUCUCCUUCGAUUACAAAGUGCUGCACGAAAAAUACGGCCCCGUCGUGCGCGUUAUGCCUAACGAGCUCUCCUUCAACACCGCAAAAGCCUGGGAAGACAUCUACGGGCACCGCAUCGGCCUGCAGAACAUGGACAAAGACCCCAUUCACGUCGGUGCUGUUGAGGCGAUUCCCGGCGCGACUAAUUUGACCAUGGCGCCGGAACUGCAUCAUGCGAGGCAGAGACGCGCACUCGCCCAUGCGUUCAGCAAGCAGGCGCUGCUGGAGCAGGAGCCCAUCUUGAAGGGCUACGUGAAUUUGUUUGUGAGGAGGCUCAGGGAGAUGAGCCAUAGGGGCGAGGCGGCGAAUAUGGUAUCUUGGUUUAAUUUUUGCACGUUUGAUAUUAUUGGGGAUUUGAGCUUUGGGGAGCCGUUUGGGUGCUUGAAUGAGGUAGGGGAGGGCUCUGAGUCUGCGAACUGGGUCAUACUGAUCUAUGAGUCGAUCAAGGCUGGUGCACUUGAGCAGGCUACGCGUCGCUUUGCUUCUCCCGGUUCCUGGGCCCAGCGCUUUUUGCUCUGGUGCAUUCCGUCCAUCAUCCGCGAGCGACGAUUCAGGCACCUGCGCAAUUCGACGGAGAAAACGAUUCGCCGGAUGAACACAAAGACCGAGCACAGAGACUUCAUCUGGUACAUCCUCAAGCAGCGCGAGAAGAAGAACGAAGUCUCCGACGAUGAAGUCAUCAUGAACGCCGCACUAUUCAUCGUCGCCGGCAGCGAAACCACCGCCACCGAGCUCUGCGGCCUAACAAACUACCUGCUCCGCGACCCCGAGAGAUUCCAGCGCCUCAAGGACGAACUGCGCGCCGCCUGCAAAUCCGAAGCAGACAUCAACAUGGACAUCCUCGGCAGCCUGCCGUACAUGAACGCCUGCAUCGAAGAAGGGCUCCGCAUCUUCCCGCCCGUGCCCAUCGGCCUGCUGCGCACCGUGCCUAAAGGCGGCUCACUCAUCGACGGCCACAUGGUCCCCGAGAACACAUCCGUGUGCGUCGGCAGCUGGGCGGCUGCGCACUCGCGCGCUAACUUCGCAGACCCCGACUCCUUUAUCCCUGAGCGGUUCCUCGAUACGCCAGAGUCGAAGGAGAAGUAUGGGCGCGAUGUGAAGAAGGCGGCGCAGCCUUUCUCGCUCGGUCCGCGGGGGUGCAUUGGAAGGAAUCUGACGUAUGUGGAGCUGAGGCUGAUUCUGGGCGCGCUGUUGUGGAACUUUGAUCUCGAGUUUGCGGAUGGCGCGGCGCUUUGGGACCCGAAGGAUGAGUUUAAGGGGCUGAGGGCGUUUAAUACGUGGGAGAAGAGUCCGUUGAUGGUCAGGUUGACGGAUAUUAGGAAGACGCCUACUUGAUUUAGG